CGGAUAACGUACAGGCAGUGGCAGCUCGGCAGCUCCUCCCUCCCCCUGCUCUGCUCUGCUCCGCCCAUGGCCUCCAUCCUCCAGAGCAUGAGCACCCUCCUCGUGCCUCGCCCCGCCGCCCGACGCGCGCCAACGACGAGGCACCGCGCCAAGAUCUCCUGCAUCGGGUGGGACCCGGAGGGCGUCCUCGGCCCGCCGCAGGGCGGCCACAUCGCGCGCCUCGAGUUCCGCCGCCGCCUCGAGAGGGACUCCGACGCGCGCGAGGCGUUCGAGCGGCAGGUGCGCGAGGAGCACGAGCGCCGCCGCAAGGAGCGCGAGGCGCGGGUGAUCCCUGACACGGACGCCGGCCUCGUCGAGUUCUUCCUCGACACCGAGGCGCGCGAGAUCGAGGUCGAGAUCGGCAGGCUACGACCCAGGCUGAGCCAGGGCUUCUUCGACCACCUCACGCGCGAAAUAGCACAGAUAAAAUUUGCAGUCACCAGAACAGCGGAGAUGGAAGACAGAUUGAUCGAGUUGGAAGCAAUGCAGAAGGUUCUUCUUGAGGGAGUCGAUGCGUAUGACAAGUUGCAGGAUGACCUUGUUACAGCGAAAGAACGGCUGAUGAAGAUUCUGCAAUCGAGCGAUAGAAAAUCGACGUUGCUUGAAAUGGUCGAACGGAAUGAGCUGAACAUAUCCAUAUUAACUCUUCUUGAUGAGAACAUAGCAAGCGCAAAGACGAGUAAUCAGAAUGAGGCUGUUGCUUUCAUGGAGGAUGUGCGAUCAUCCAUCGUGAAAUAUAUAACAGUAUAAUUUUUUUUUAUGUAUGCCAAUGGCCCAUCACCUGGGGCACUGGACUUAUCUUCGCAACAUAGUUGUUCAAAUUAAUGUCAUGAACCUGUAGUUUACAAGGUCCUCUUAUGGAUUUGUAAGUUUGAAUUUGUUUCUACUGUAUUUAGAUGAUGUGCUUCGUAUCUGCUCCAAAGCAACAUUGUAAUUAGCCUUAUUGGUAAAGAGAAAUCGUAACCUGUACCGCCAACAAAUACUGCAAAGUUUGAAGUUCAUUCCUGGUUGGAA